AUGAGCGCCGAAAAGUGGAAGAGAAGGACUCUUCCUACCCUCAGGACGCCCCCUGUACCAAUUCCUACCGAUGGUAAUAAGGGAUUCGAUAAUGUCGACGGAAAGAAGCCACGCGUCUUCUCGAAAGCUCUUCGUUCUCUUAGCAAUUCCUCGAUGGAAUCCAUGUCACAGAGCCCAUCUCGAAGCUCUUCCUCCAUUCGGCGUCUACAGAAGACACAUUCAGGGUCAGGGUCCAUGAUCGACAGGAUCCAUCGUCGAGUAUCGAUAGCUUCACCCAUGAGCGCAUCCGCCCCAGAAUUUCCAUCAGUUACUCCCGAGGUCCCCUAUUCGUCCAUGGAGCUUAUACAAUACGGACCACUGAAGACUGAUGUCUCGCUUCUUAAGGCCCGCGCCGAAUAUCUGGUUCUUACAGAUACCUGUCUGAUCAAGUUCGGGAGUAUGGAAGGAGCAAGAGCUGCUUUCCCACAGAUAAAAUCAGGCAGCGGGACACUGAAGCCCAGCAGUGCACAUCACCAUUCUCACAAGUCGUCGUCCGACGUGCGGAUAGAAAUACCCUUGCGAUCCAUUGUUGGCGUUUUCAAUGAAGAAGGUUCAAGUCCUCGAUUUGGCGUCGAGAUAUGGUGGUUCUCCCAGUGGCCAAAGCUUGCGUAUUCCAAGACGCAUCUAUUCUUCAUGUUGCCUAAGGAUCGGGAUGACUGGCUGGCCAGUAUUCAACAGGCUUGUAGAAUGAGCCAUAGGCGAGCUCCUUCUCCCUCCUUGAUCCCUGGCAAUUUGAAAGCGAGAAUCAACCAUAUUGUGGAAACCACGGAACCAGACUCGAAUGCCAACGCCUCUAAGAUAUUGACUUUUCCCGUGGUCAAACGUACAAUAGGCUCACCUCAGAAGGCUAAUUCUGCUGAUGAGUCUCAGCACUUUGUGGAUGGCUCGUCCUUCUACAUCGUCAUUGGACCAGCUAUGUUGUAUUUCCUCGAGGUUCUCAAGGCAGAUUAUGCGACUACCCCUGGUGACUUGCGCGUAAAGGUGCAGUCCUACGGUACAGUCUCACUCAUUCGAUUCCGAGCGUCUGUUGCGUCACACGAACAAAGGUUUGUGAUGAGCUUCCGGUUACCACUAGGCCGCGAGAACAGACUCGAGCUUGCUAGUGUACAUUACAGACAUGUUAUCGAGGCGAUGACUAAAGUCGACCGAGAAUUGAAACCCAUGUGGCCACAGCAUUUGCAAAAGGCAAUAUUCGAUAUCAAAGGCCUUCCUCCGCCACUUCAGUUGACAUCUGGAAAUGAUUUGGGAGGUCUCGAGCGAAGUUUGCACGCCUAUUGCGCUGCUUUCAAGGUCCAGGUGCCAAGAUGGACCAUCGAAUGGAACACUCCCUCUCAGCCAGCAUUUCGCCUUUUACCUCCUGGCGCACAACCAUAUUCUACAUUGCAAUUACUUGCACUAUUCCGAGCCUUGCGUUAUAACAGUUACUUCAAGGAGCUCUCCUUCCGCAAUAUUGAUCUAUCAGGUAUCGCAGGAAAGAAGGAUUAUUCCCAUUUCGGCGACACUAUCGCCUACACAUCACUAAACGGGGUUAAAAUAUCUGAAGAGCAUUAUGACAUUUUGAUGCAGUCUUCUGUUCUCAGUCAAGAGAUGCAUGCCCUGGCAUUUUCAUCGGAAUCGAUCCGAAGUAUGGAUCUGAGAAAUAUUCUUGGCCCACGAAGCACCAUUGGCCGCUCCAAGGACCCUGAUGGCUCCCGGAGAGUCAGUUCCGAGGUUCUUCGACCCAUCCUGCUGUUGCUGAAGCGUCAAGCGUGUCUUUGUCACAGCAUCACCAUGUCUGGCAAUCUCAUUGCAUCAGGCGACAUUGAGGAGCUGGCAAACUUACUCGUCCUUGAUGAGGUGUACAUGAAGAAACUCGAUCUAUCUAAUUGUGGACUUGGCGAUGAGGGUCUUACUACACUCUGGGCCGGAAUUCCAGGUCAGGGCGCCAAUCUUCAACAUAUCGAUACUUCCGAAAAUCAAGGCACGGUCAAAUUCGAAACCAUCCGGGACUCGCUUAGCCAACUACGAGCUAUAAGAAAACUGAACAUCGCUGGCAACACUCGACUCCCGUUUGAUGUUCCUUUGUUUGAGGAUCAUGUACUGAGCUCAUGGAGUCUGGAGGAGCUUGACUUAUCUGGCAUCGCUCUCAAUAGCCCAACUGUGGAUAUUCUGACUGCGUAUCUGGCGUCACAGAAUUCCGAAAACCUCAGAGUGCUUCGUCUGAGCAAAUGUGGUCUAACGGGUGCUCAAAUAGCCCAGAUGUUUUAUGCCAUGGGUCAGGCUCGACAAAUUACACUGUACAUCAACGGCAACCGCUUAGACGAGGGCAUAGAUGAUUUGUGUGCUGUCAUCAGCGAAUGUUUUGGCCCUUGGGGACUAUUCGUGCAGAUGGUAGAGUUUGCCUUGGAAGCUAACUACAUCAAACUUUUGAAGGCAUUAGCGGUCAACCAAACCAUUGAAUGUCUGAGUCUUGCAGGUACUGCUACCCCUGACUCGGCCAGCGAAACGGCCUGCAGAGCGCUUUCAGAUCUUUUCUCUCAAAACCAUACGAUUAGGUUCCUUGACCUCUCUGGAUUUGAUGCCAAGCUGGAUGAAGGCCGUCUUGGACGGGAAUUCUCCAAGGCCUUGAGUGGACUAAGGUUCAACACACGGCUUGAGCACCUUCGCGUGCGAAGCCAAUUGCUGAACGUGAACAUCGGAGACCUGGCUGAAGCCAUCUCUGCUAAUAAAACCCUUCACAGUCUUGACUGUGAGGGCAAUGAUUUCAAUCUUUCGAAUUUUAGACAUCUCGUCCGACAUUUGAGUGACAAUACGACGAUCCGCUAUUUUUCGGCUUUCUCGGAUCGCGAUCUCGCCCAGACAAUACAAAAGUCGGUGGACAACGCCGUGGCUACGGCGACCUCGGCGCGCAGGCAAUCUAUGAUCUCCAAACUGCGUCACGAAAAGGUGCCGCAAAGUAUUAGUGAGCCUCUAGCACAGCAGCUGCGAGAUGGCUGGGAAGACGCAGUCCGAACCCAACAAGAGGUUCUGGAGAGAAACCAACUCUUAUUUGAAGAAGGCGAAGAUGGUCGCUACGACUCAGGCCAAGAUGGCUAUGUGUUCUGCGAUGGUGAAGAAGACUUCUCUAAAGCAUUUGGCGGUUUGGCGCUACGGGCUUUCGAAUCCAAGAGGGCUAUGAAUCGUCGCGCUUCCAACCCUUAUCUGAACAAUAAGAGAGCCAGUAUGAUCUCACUGGGCCCAGCUCGUUUGGUCAGCGCCGAACCAGGUGCCAGAGUGAUAAGGUCUUGGUCAAGAUCUUACUCAAUUGUCUCGAGCGAGGGGGGUAUCAGCGCUGCAGAGAGUCCAAGCACAGGAUCAGCGAUCCCGACACCUCCUGAGCCCGAGAGCCCCGUAGAAAAGGAGUAUCUGGUAGAGAAUCAACAAGACAGGAACGAAGAGCCGCUCGAUUACGAAUACAGCUUUGCAGAUCCGCAUGAUCCUGACUUUGGGCUUGAACUGCGAGCCCAUCGACGAUUCUGGAGUGACGAAGCUGGCUGCAUCGAGGAAGAAGAACAUGGAGUCCAGUUUGAGGAACGGCACACUGCAGAGAAGUUGGCAUUGUGGUCGACUCUAUUCCGAUCAUUCCGGAGUUCUUUUCGUGAUGUUUUCACUUGGGAUAAGGGGGCAGGCGUUUAUGAGUUUCUGUGGAGCUUUCACGCUCCAGAGAGCUCCUCUCGAUUCCUCAUAACCCCCGAAUUUAGCGCCUCCUCGAACCUCCCAAACGAGCUUUUUGUCCGUGGUCUUGCGAUCAGGAAUCAACCCGCAAUGUAUUCCAACUCGAACGCCUUUCUAGGCGGUAAUAGCCAGCGUCCUGGCGGCCAGCAGCAGCAAUAUGGCGGAGGAUCGUUUGGUAAUCUGGGUGCUGGCCAGCAGCCUGGCCAACCCAGCCCCUUUGCGCCUCAACCUACAGGCUUUGGGCAAGCUCCUCUGCAGCAGCAGUAUACGGGCUUUCCAAUGCAGGGCCAGGGACUACAGCCGCAGCAGCCCCUUCAACAACAGUUUACGGGAUUUCCGGGACAGCAACAACAACCCCCCCAGCCGCAGCAGCAGAGCUUCCAGACCGGUGCUCCUGCGAUGCCGUCGAUCCCGCCUCAGUUCCAGCAACAGUUCCAGCAGCAACAGCAGCAGCAACCCACUAGCUUCUCCGCCUCGCCUCAGCUAGCCUCUGGGCCUUCAAACCCACCACCGGCGCCGAUGAAGCCCCAGGCUACCGGCUUCACCGAGAUGGCCGCGUCCUUUCAGACUGGCGGUACUGCGAAGCCCCGAGGUCGAAGACAGGAGAAGUCGCAGCCCAAUAAAAUCCCUAAUAUCCGUCUCUCCUUCAUCACAGCCCAGGAUCAGGCCAAGUUCGAAACCCUGUUCAAGUCUGCUGUGGGAGAAGCUGGCAUGACCAUGUCAGGAGAGAAGGCUCGGGAUCUGCUUAUGAGGUCAAGACUUGAUGGCGACUCUCUAUCGCACAUCUGGACUCUUGCUGAUACCACUCGUGCUGGCCAGCUCUACUUCCCCGAAUUCGCACUCGCCAUGUACCUGUGCAACUUGAAACUGACUGGCAAGCAGCUGCCACCUAACCUGCCCGAGAACAUCAAGAACGAGGUUUCGAGCAUGGUGGAUAUCAUUAGCUUCAGCGUCGCUGACGAGAGUGCUCCCGGAGCCGGCUCUUCUUCUGCUCCUGAUAUUAGAACCAACACUGCCACUCCACCGACCAUUCAGCAGCCGCAACCUCAGCCUCAAGCCUCAAAUGCACAGCUGCUUCAAGCGCAGAUGACUGGGUUCCCGGGACAGCAGACAGGUUUCGGUCAGCAACAGGGUCUGCAAAACCAGCAAACUGGGUUCCCUGGCAUGGCAAACAACUCUCAAGCUACAGGUUACAGCGGUCCUCGUCCCCCGAUGCCCCCAAUGCCCACGGGAUUUGGCCAGUCGCUCGCUCCUGGGCCUGCAGGUGGUAUGGCUGCCCCUCUGAAUGCUCAACCUACAGGACGACCUGGGCAAUGGGGCCUUGUCAAUGCUCCUUCUACCGGCCUGCCCAACAUCGAUGCCCUUCAAGCCCAGAUGAUGCCUCAACAGGGCCGAGAAGCUGGAAACUUCACCACUCAGGGACUGCGAGGAAACGCCGUUAUCCCCUGGGCCAUUACAAAGGAAGAAAAGACCCGAUACGAUUCUCUUUUCAAGGCUUGGGAUGGCCUUGGCAAGGGAUACAUCGGUGGUGACCAGGCUAUCGAGAUAUUUGGUCAGAGUGGACUUGAGAAGCCCGAUCUUGAGCGAGUUUGGACUCUGGCUGAUCACGGUAAUAAGGGACGUCUGGAUCUCGACGAAUUCGCCGUUGCCAUGCAUUUGAUCUACAGAAAGCUAAACGGUUAUCCAUUGCCUAACAACCUUCCCCCUGAGCUUGUUCCUCCUUCGACUCGAAACUUUAGCCAGUCCAUCGGCACCCUCAAGUCAAUGCUUCACGAUGAAUCUGAAUUCCGCACCAAGUCAGGUGCCGCUCUGCUUCCGCAGAAGACUGGCGUUAGCUAUAUGAAGAACCGCUCAUUCAGGGGCGCACCCGCUGGAGCCGUCGCUGGUCGGAAGGAUGCCACAGUCUUCAAGAACGAAGACGAGCAGUUUGGAUAUAGAUCGAGCGCUCGUCGCAGGGUCGGCAACAACUCGCCUCGUCCCGAAUCUCCCGCUUCUGUUGCCUCGAAUGACGACCUAACCUUGGAUCAGCUCAAGAAAAAGAUUAAGGAGAAGGAGGUUCUCCUGGAUGCUAUGGACUUCGCAGAUGAGAAGAACCAUGAAGAAGACGACAUCCUCGACCGCCGUGACCGCCGUGAGGCGGAGGAGCUCUAUCGUCGCAUUCGUCGAAUCCAAGAGGAUAUCGACUCUCAUCCCGAUGCUGCCCUGGCAAGCGGAGACUCCGACGCUGAGCGAAGAGCUCUCAAGCGCCAACUUCAAAAUCUUACUGACAAGGUUCCCGAACUUGCUUCGCAGGUGCGCAGAACUGAGAAGGCCAUUAUGGAUGCUCGGUUGGAACUGUUCCGUAUCAAGGAUGCCAAGGCUCACCCUGGCAGUGGUGCUCCUAUUGUAGGAACAGGACCUGGCGGUACAGUAACUGAGUCGGAUCGACUCAAGGCCAGGGCCAAGGCCAUGAUGCGGCAGCGAACUGCUGCAUUGACUGGCAAGAAGGUUGAUGUCGGCACUGAGGAUCUCGAUGCACCUAAGCGUCUCGAGGAGGAGAGCAUCAAGGUAAAGAAUGAAAAGGAGAGUAACGAACGUAUGGUUCGUGAUGUUGAGGAAAGUGUUCGCGACUUUGCGCACGGUAUCGAGGACAGUCUCAAAGAGGGCGGUCGUGAUAACACCAGUGAGCACGAAAAGCGCCGCUGGGAGGACGCACUCGGUGUUGAGGAUGAGGUUCGUGACUUUAUCUUCGACCUUCAGCGUGAAAGCCGCAGCGCUCGACUUCGUGCUCAAGACAAGCGACCCGCCCGGGCUUCAGCACGCACCGAGGAAAGUCGGCCGGAACGUGUCGCUAGUCCUAGGGUUGAGAGUCCUGUCUCGACCUCUCGCACUGCGACUCCUCCUGCUGGAGGCUCAUAUUCUUCAUACAAGACCCCUGAGGAGCGAGCUGCUUUUAUUAAACAGCAAGCUGAACAGCGAAUGGCUGAGAGGUUGGCCGCCCUCGGUAUCAAGGCCCCGACAAAGUCCGGCGAGACAGCUGCGCAGCGCAUCGAGCGAGAACGCGCUGAGCGAGCUGCGAAGUUACGACAGGCAGAGGAAGAGGAUGCUCGUAGGGAAGCCGAUCGCCAGGCUCGUCUAGCUGAGGAGCAAGGGAUUCCACCUCCUGCACCUGAGCAAUCCAAGGCGGAGGCCAAGAGGCCUCCACCUCCCCCAACGCGACACCGUGGUAAGCCAGAGGCUGAUCAAGAAGCUGCAAAGAAGGUCGAGGAGGAAGCUGCCGCUAAGCGGGCCGAAGAAGCACGACUUGCCCGUGAGCACGAGCAGCAGCAGCGCGAGACGCAGCAGAUGGAAGAAGAUGCACAGGAACAGGAGGACGAUCUCGCCAAGGAGCGUGAGGCUUCUGAAGCUCGUCUGAAAGCCCUUGAAGAACAAGUGAGACAAGGCAAACUUCGCAAGGAGGAAGAGAAGAAGCGGAAGAAGGCAGCCAUGGCUGAGGCCAAGGAGAAGGAGGCCAAACUUGCGGCAAGGCGGGCAGAGAUUGAGGCUGCGCGUCAGCGGGAGCUAGAACUUCAACGCCAGCUUGAAGCCAUGGAAGAUGGUGAUAGCUCCUCGUCGGAUGAAGACGCAGGACCUCAGCAAAUCACUCCUCAGGCUUCUACGCCCACUAGGAGCGACAGUCAGGUGGCCAGCCAAGAGCUUGACAAGAAGCCCUCGCCGCCCCCUGCUGCUGAGGCAGUUUCGUCUCCCCCUCCUCCUCCUCCAGCGGUUGUCACGUCGCCACCCAGUGAGACCGAGAGUAAGAACCCAUUCUUCAGGAUGAUGUCUCAGUCGACUGAGGGUACACCCGCUGCUGCUCCUCCGGCACCUUCGGCUACGAACCCUUUCCAUAGGAUGACCCAGAACCAGGAAGCCAAAGCUCCUUCUGGCCCUGUCUCGCGUCGCCGUGCAGACACUGACGACUGGGGUUCUGAUAAUGAUGAUAAGGACGAUGACUCAGACGAUGAGCGACCCGGUGGUGGUAGCGCAGCUCAGCUGGCCUCUAUGCUAUUUGGCACAAUGGCACCUCCUCGUCCUCUCUCCGCAGCCGGUAGGGAAUCAGCAACUGCUAGUCCUGUGGCCGCCAAUGCUGUGACUCCUGUCGCACCUCCUCCGCCUCCCCCGAUGCCGAACACUGACUCUCCGGCUCCGAUGACUUCUCCACCCCCUCCUCCUCCUAUGCCGGGGAGUGAUGCGCCAAGUGCUCCUCCGCCUCCACCUCCCAUGCCCGGAAGUGACGCCCCUUCGGCACCACCGCCCCCACCACCGAUGCCAUCAGUCGGCGCACCUCCUCCACCUCCUCCCCCUAUGGGUGGCGCUCCUCCACCUCCUCCACCUCCCGGCGAUGCACCUGCUCCUCCUUCCGGUGGCGGACGUCCAGCGGGCUUCCUGAGCGAGAUCCAGCUGGGCAGGGCUCUCAAGAAGACAACUACCAAAGACAGCAGUGCAGCGGCGGUGGCGGGACGAGUUUUGGAUUGA